UCAUCAAAGAUCUUUCUUUCUUGAAAGAUUCCAAUCAAAGAGAAAUCGUAAUGAAGUAUACUACCAGAGGAAAAAUCGUUUCAUCUACUAUACUUUAUUUAGGUUAUGCGUCUGGCUUUAGUUUUGUUUUCAGAACACUACCGUUGCAUUACGUCCUACCAUUAAAUUUGAAUCAUAACAAGAGCAGCAACAACACUGAAUCAUCGAUUUAUUUCUUAUCGACUUAUUGCGUUUUCGAUGAACAAUCGGGACUUUGGCGUGCUGGGAUUCUUAUUCUUCAAGCUAUGCAGAUAUUUGUCAAUGCAACCUCACAUUGUGGAAACGAUGGCUUCUUCUUCGGUAUUACGAUGUAUCUUUGCGGUCAAUUCGAAGUACUCAAAAUAAAUUUUGCCAAUUUGAAAAGUAAGAAGAAUUGUUCUAACGAAAAAAUUGGCACACUCGUAAAGAGACAUUGUCAUUUGAUACAUCUAGCUGAUCAUUUGGAAGAAGCAUUUAACGUGAUAAUAUUGAUACAAUUGUUGAUGAGUGCUUUGCUUCUUUGCGUUGAGGGUUUUCAAAUGUUGGUAUCUCUCAAUGAAAAUAAUACGAUUGCAGCUGCCAAACACGCAGUCAUUAUCGUCACUCUACUCGUUCAAUUAUUUAUUUAUUCUUACGCGGGUGACAUGUUGGAAUCUAAAACAGCCGAAAUAGUUCUCGGUGUUUACGAUUCUCCUUGGUACACUUUUGACACGAGUUCUAUAAAAAAACUUGCCUACAUUAUGUUUUAUGGUAGAAUACCACGACAAGUAACGGCAGGAAAAUUUGUUUCUAUGAAUCUUUUAACUUUCAAAGAAAUUAUCAGAGCUUCAGCCUCGUAUUUUUCCGUACUGAGAGUUGCUUUGUACGACUGAACAAGC